GUCUGAGGUAUAGUCUGUUGUCUGAGUUCUGACAUUCAUUCAGUCUCCAUUUAUUUUCGUAAAUUGUGUUGUUUUUGUACUGUAAAUUUUGAUUACGGUUUGAGAAUACUAAAAUAUUAAUCAAGUUGUUCUUGGCCUCACAAAAAAUAUAAUUCGAAAAAUGUACCUCAUUAAAAAAUGUCAAGGAUUUCCAUUAUUGCGCGUGUAACGUAUGUACAUUUGUUCUACAACAAAACAAGAUUAAUUAGUGAACGAUAUUAUGUAUACAAUUGCGUGGGGUAACAACCACCUGGACAUCAGGCAAAAUACGCAAAAACUAUGUUUAGCACGACCGGUAUGGUAGCAGCACCCCAGCAAGCGACAGGUCAAGUCGCACCUAAUGGCAGUACUACCUUACCCAGAUCCUAUCACCAAAGACCUGGGCGGCCACCUGCAGUUCCAAAAUCAUAUGAUUAUCUUCUAAAAGUAUUAUUAGUUGGUGACUCUGAUGUUGGUAAACAAGAAAUCUUACAAGAUUUAGAAGAUGGAUCAGCUGACUCACCUUUUUGUAGUGGCAGUGCAUACAAAACCACAACAAUCCUUCUCGAUGGCAAAAGAGUGAAACUACAGCUAUGGGACACGUCAGGCCAGGGCAGGUUCUGCACAAUCAUCCGCUCAUACUCACGAGGGGCGCAGGGAAUCCUCCUUGUAUAUGAUAUAACAAACAAAUGGUCCUUUGACAGUAUUGACAGGUGGCUUGAAGAAGUUGAAAAGCAUGCGCCGGGUGUACCAAAAGUAUUAGUUGGCAAUCGACUUCAUUUAGCAUUUAAACGACAAGUACAAGAACGUGACGCGGAGUUGUAUGCAGCUAAAAACCAUAUGGCGUUCUUUGAAGUGAGUCCGCUCUGUGAUUUCAAUAUACGGGAGAGCUUUUGUGAGCUCUCGCGUAUGGCGCUACAUCGCAAUGGCAUGGAACGACUAUGGAGAAGCAAUAAAGUCCUCAGUCUCCAAGAGCUCUGUUGCCGUGCGAUAGUGGCCCGCACGUCAGUGUACGGCCUCGAGCGUCUGCCGCUCCCGACGACGCUCAAGUCGCACCUGAAGUCGUACGCGAUCUCCGCCGCGCCGAGCCGGCACCGCGCGCGCGCGCACAAGCACCCGCACAACGCGCGGCUCAACUGCACCGGACGGAAUUCGUGUUGCAUCACGUAGAUCUACUACGUGAAUGUUUAUAACAAAAAAAAUUUUUUUUUUUUUUUUUUUCAUUAAUAGAAAAAAAUCGAUCACGAGGAGCGAUUUGAACCCGCGUCGUAAUAAUAAAAAAAUUAUUGGUAAAUUGUACAAAAUGGUUUUUCGAUUGGCAGAAACUAUUUCUGAUAGAAAUUGAAUGCAUUUCGAGAAUAAAUGUCCCGUGUAUUUAAUUUGACUGGAAAACUAACAAUCUCUUGAUUCUAAAGUAAUAAUCGGACUUUUUUAAAAUAUGGGAAGAUUUAAUUAUAUUUUUAGCCAAACAAAUGUUCUAUUGUGCCCGAUUUUUUUAGUUUUUACUGCCAAUUGAUUACAUUUGACUAAAUUAUGAAAUAUCAUAUAGGACUACUUCAUUGAUGAAUUGAACGAUACUAACAAAGAAUGUAGGCUGUAAUUGACAACGGAUUUGUGACUAGUGUAAGCUAUUAGUGUAGGCUAACGUUACUUAACCUUAUGUAUUGUGAAUUUGUGAAUAUAAGUGUUAUUUAAUUAUAGCAUAAUAUGUGAAUAUUUUGUAGCACGGCAUUUCGCCUUUCAAUUGUCCAUAUUAUAUUCAAAUGAAAUAACAUUUACUUUGUAUACAUCUAUAUUGUUAUGUGCCUAGUGAUACUUAUAACGUAGUUGGUAUGUAAUUAUACUAUAGCAGGUGCAAAUAAUAUUGUAAUUCUCUUUUGUAAUAUUUCUUACACUUUUUAACAAAACCCGUAACGCGGACUCUUUUCCUUUUUUUUAUUACAAACAAUUUGCAAAUAAAUGAUAUAAAGCUCAAAGACAGACUGUCAAUAUCACGUUUUUUCUAUCACAAAAUUUUUCGAUGUAAUUUCAGUGCUGUAAUGUAAAUUAUUGCUACAAUCAAAUCACGUCACCUUUUGUCCAUUAUUAUAAGUAACUUUUAUAAACAAUUUUACUAGUUAUUUUCAUCGUAUUUACUUAGAAUAUAAUGCAGGAUAUAUCUUGUCCGAAUGUGACCUCAACCAUAAUUAUAAAUUGGCUAUUUUCUGAGAUCAAUCUUUUGCCAUUAAUAAUAAGGACUGCGAAAUAAAAUCAUUCUCCACUUUUGUGUAUGCAAUGGUUAUUGUGUGUAUUUUGUGGUUUAAUUGUAACACCCACACAACACUUAAAUUACUUCUUUGAGUGAGCCUUGGCAUUAUUUUGUACACGGAAAAUUUUGUUCAUUCCGUCCUUAGGAAGUAACAUUACAGACCCGUUUCAUCAGAGCAGUAAAGGGCGGUGAUGCAAAUCAUUAUCUGAUUGACUUGAUAUAAAAUCAAAACUCAGGAUUAGUGUAAAUCGCCACUCUAAAGCUCUUACACAUACCCAUUCCAUAACAUCUCAAUAUGAAUUCGUACUAUCUUUAUCCAGUACUUUAUUUACUUAGUUUAAAAUUUUUUUUUUACUUUGUAUUUAUCGAAUUUUAGGUGCAAAGUAAUGGUUCCUUCGGUUGAAAAUAUUCGCAUGUUAUUUUCCAAUAUUGUUUUUUUUUUCUUUUGUAAAUAUUUUAUUCGUCUAAAUUUGUUAAUUUAUACAAAUACCUAUUCAAAAUUAGUCGAUGUUUUUUGUACAUAUUAUUGUUUCAUUUUUUAUUUGUGAUAGUGAUUUAUAGUUUAAAUAUAAUCCAAAUAUACUAAUGCCAGCUAAAAGUUCGGUGAAUGCAGUCAUAACGUUAUCACUUCUAUGUAAGUUGUGAAAUAAAACUAAUUUAAUAAAUA